AUGUCGAAUGAGAACGAUUCUCUUCUUUGUGAUAUCUUUAAAUUUGGUGAGGGCCCUCCUUUACUUCAGGACGAACUGAAAAGGACGCUACGUAAUACCAACAGACUUAACUUGCCAAUACCAACAAGAAGCCAAUUGGACAAGUCGAACGAGGCAGAAGUUGUGGACGUCAAUGACAUAGAUGCAAAAUCCCGUUCCGGUUCCUUAUCGGAAGAUUCGUCUUCUGCCCAAAGAAAAUCGUCCAAUGGCAUUGAAAAACCAAUGCAAAAGAACAAAAAGAAGAAGAGAAGAGUGUUUUCCUGUAACAACUGUCGAAAACUUAAGACCAAAUGUACCUACGAGCCCAAUUCCACUUGCUGUGAUCGAUGCCAUCGUCUUCGAUUGAGUUGUUCUUUACCAGAACCGCUUGCAAAGAUUUCCGGAAGGCGAGUUUAUAAUUCCACCACGUCUCAAACAGGAUCUUCUUCUGGACUGGAGACAAGAAUCGACGAUCUUGAGCUCAACCUCAAACACAAAUUCGAGUCAUUCGAUUCCAAAAUGGACACUAUGAUGGAAAUGAUACACAGAAUGGAUAGUUCUGCUACUGUUCAGACUAAUCAAUCGUCUGUACAUUAUAUGAGCACUGCUAUGCAAGCUUCGGCUUCCAGCUAUUCCUCCCGCAUUCUUCCUCGUUACAAUUCACUUUCGUCAUUGAACGUGAUCAAUCAGAUACAUUCACGUCUAUUUGAUCAUUCUCCUAAGAAUAAUGAUGCAUUUCAUGAAUCUAUUCAAGAGUUCAUAAAGUUCUACUACGCUAACGAAGAGCUCUGCCUAGCCUUGAGUAAGGAAUUUCUUAAUAUAGCCCAUUUUUGGAUCAUUCCAGGAGGAAUUGGUGAAGUUGACCGUGAAUACGUCAUUAAACAUCCAUUCAGCAGCUGUGUUUAUUGCAUAAUAGCAAUGGGGUUUGAUAAUGAUUACAAGUUCGUUGAGCAGAAGAAAGAGCUUUAUCCCAUUGCAAGAUCCCUAAUGGUAAAUACAUCCCUAACUAUACCACUAUCAGAUCAUGAUAUAGAAGCAGUUCUGUACGUUUGCACCUAUGGAAUGACAAAACAAGCGUAUCAGAGCGAAUUUGAUGGGUGGAUUCUUUCCUCGUUGGCCUUUAAACACUGUAUUAUCUCAUUGGACCUUCAAAACAUUCUUAACCGUGUAAAAAUGGGUGUAUUCUCAGAUGACGACAUCUUUCAUUUGCGCAUUUUUAACGCGGUUUGUUGCUGCCACUAUCAGUUUGCUGUCGGCUAUGAUAGACCUGUGAUGAUGGAUCUAGACUACGUGAAGCUACACCAAUUAAUCCUUCAAUUUCCUAAUGCUACUAUUGGUGAUGCCAUAAAAGUGGCCGAAUUGGAACUCUACCAGCUUCUCUCACGAGAUUUGGUAGAGAUGAGCCCCGGUGAUGUCUAUUGUCAAGUCUCAGAAGAUAAUAAGCUUACAUUUGCCCAUCUUAUCGACUGGCUUUCCAAUUGGGAUAAAAUUAUAGCUAAAGAUGUGACCCAUGGACUAAUAUUCUCGUACAACUUUGCUCAUUUGUUGCUAGCACGUAAGUUUAUUCAAGCGGAAAGUCAGGUGGAUCACGCAAUUCUACCUCUGGCAUAUAAUACAGCUUGCCAGUACUCCUUUGAGAUUAUUAAUCAGCUGUUAGCAUUACCGGAAGCAUAUGUGAGAGGGUCUCCAUUGUUCCAUCUUAGUCACAUUGUAUAUUCGUGUGUGACACUUUUUGAUUUCUUGGACGUGAUGAAACCAUCAGAGAGGAAGAAGUCAUUAAAUCUUAUUUCCAAGGUUUAUUGGCACUUAAACAAAGCAGGAGAGAAAAUAAACGUGGCUACAGACUCAAUUGCACAGAUAAUCAGGAAACUGGUGGAACUGGCCAGCAAGCAUCAAUACCUGGAGUAUAAUAACAAAUCAGGAUUUGUUGGAUCCGGCUCCAUUACGGAGACGUACGUUCGCAUGAAACACAUUAAGCGUCGUGACAGUCAACAGCAACGUAGAUUAUCGGUUGAAGAUCUUCCGGCUUUAGCACAGGAUCACCGCAGGCGGUGUUCUUUGCAAAGUUCCCCAAAGGAAUCCUCAGAGACGAAACUAAUGGGUGGCCUUAAUGAUAUGGAACCUAUGGAACCUAUCGAACCUAAGCAAAAUGACAGUACCAAAUCCAGUGUUCACUCAGGCAGUAUGGUCGACGGUGCCGAGUUCCAAUUGCCCGACGUUUCCAACUUCUUGAACUUUGAGGAUUUCUUCUACAAUAUUUUCAACGAUUCCCCCGAUUACAUCUAG